AUGAGCUUUCUCAUCGGGUAUACAUCACUUUUACUCACUUUGCAAGUUCUCGAAAAGCUUGGUAGAACAAAAUCUCGAGGUAGUGCUAAAACUCCAAGUUCAUCGCGUCCAUUGUUUUUAUCGCCUCCAUUUGUUAAUGCAUCGUUGGUGAAGGGCAGUUUCAAGACGAUCGUUGUGUUGCCAAAAUAUGUGGAUGAGGACGAAUGGCUGGCAGUGAAUGUAUUUGAAUUCUUUAAUUAUCUGAAUCUCUUUUAUGGAUCUGUGACGGAUUUCUGCACCACAUCUAGUUGUCCUUCUAUGAGCGCAGGACCUGGCGUUGAGUUUUACUGGAUAGAUCAUACUAGAAAAAGUGCAAAACUCUCAGCCCCUACUUAUAUAGAUUAUGUUAUGACAUGGAUUCAAAAUCUAUUGAAUGAUGAAGCAACAUUUCCGACAAAAGCAGGACGCGAGUUUCCGUCUGAUUUUAAACAGACCAUAAAACAAAUAUUCAAACAAUCAUUUCGAGUAUUCGCUCACAUUUAUCACAAUCACUACGAUAAAAUUCUGCAUCUGCGCGAAGAAGGCCAUUUCAAUUCGCUGUUCGCUCAUUUUAUUUCGUUCGCCAAAGAAUUUAACUUGUUAGACAAGAAAGAAUUGGGGCCUUUGGAGGAAUUGAUUGAGGUUAUGGAGGCAAAUGGGCACUUCAGCUAA